AUGGAUCAGAGAAGCAAAAGAUAUUUUAUUAUAGUUUUAGCAUUACUUUCAAUUUGGUCUUUUUCUGUGCUCAUAGCAGUCUCAACUCUUCCAAGUGAAUCUUCUCCCUCAUUCAGAGUCGAAGCUAUCCCAUUCCAUGGCGAGAACUCAUUCUCUUACCCUCAUCCCGAGCCAAACUCUUAUUGUGACGACUGAAAGCUUUCAUCUCAAAAAACAGUUUGGGUAGAUCGCAGAAAUGCCUAUUCUGCUACCAAAAUAGAAAGUUUUGGCUGGGACAUGCUUCAAUCCAAGAAAUCUGGGAAUGCUUUGCAAUUUGCUUCAAUUAGCAAGCCAGAAUAUCAUAAUACCAGAUGGGCCAAAAUUUUUUUACAAUCAGACCAAGAAAACAAUGAAGCACUAUUUUUAAUCCCAAAAAAUGCAAAUUUCAUAUUCACAAGGAUGUACCACUAUAAAAAUGCUUUAUCUGAUAAUAUACAGACAGCAAGAUUAGGAGUAGAUUAUGCUUGUCCAGGACAAAUCCUCAACCAUAUUCCUGGUGCAAGUGCAUUUUGCAGGAAAGAUUUUUUGCAGAGAUAUUUGCUGGACUACAAUAAAAGGCUUCAAAAAGAAGGGUUAUCACAUUGUUUUAGAGGGUAUUUAACACCAAAAUCAUAUAUUUUGGGAGAGCCAGAUCAUUGUAAUGCAUUUAUUGAUGAGCUAGAAGCUCAGCUAAACAAUUAUAAUAGCUCAAACAUGCCUAUUGAGUGGAUAACAAAAAGCUCAUUAAGGCACAAAGGCUAUGGAAUCGAACUUAUAGAUUACAAGAGGGCUCAAUAUUACUAUAACUUAUAUAGGAAAAACGAAGAAGAAGAUUUAAACUGCAAUAGGGUGCUAGAUGCUCAUAAAUCAUUAAUCGCACAAAAGUAUAUUUCUAAUCCUGCACUUGUAAGCUCUAUAUAGAUUGAAGGACGAAAAUUUGAUUUUAGGGUAUUUGCAAUGGUCAUUAAUUCUGAUCCAUUAGUCGCCCUAUGGGCGCCUGAAAAUGGCCACACAAGACUAUCAGAUCAAGAGUUUGAUAAGCUUUCCACAAACUUCACAACACAUAUUACAGCUAAUGUUGCAAACCAAAAUCCAGACUCAGUGGAUUUUCUCAAGAAAUAUCGCUUCAAUUUAAGAGAAAUUGCAAAUUAUUAUAAAGAUCAGUUAAAAGACCACGAAAAAUGGCUCACAGAUGUCGCAUUUCCCCAAGUUAAGCAAAUCUUGAUACAUAUGCUCAGAGCAACUCAACAAAAUUUUUUGAUAAAAAGAAUUGGAUUUUUGGAAUUUUAUGGGAUUGAUUUUAUAUUAGACGACACACUACAAAAUAUUUAUUUAUUGGAAUCAAAUAGAAGACCUGACGUCCAAGAAAAAAACCCAGAUUUACAGUAUAGGGAAGAUAUGCUUUUACAAGAUUUUUCUGCAGUUGCGGAAUAUUUUUUGAAAACUGGAGUAAGUUCGAUAAAUACUGAAGAAAUAUAUAAAAAAUUAAAAGCAUUCAAGCCUUUAGUUGAUGAAACCAGAUUUGAUCCAUAUUUUGGGCUGCUAUCUGAAGAAUGCAGGGUAACUUUUAAAGAGUUUAAUGAAGACUUACCUAUAGAUCCCAUGAUAGAGCCGCUGAAGUAUUAUGUUGGAAAUUUUAAUGCUAAGGCUAAAGUAUAA